UUCGCCGUCGUGGGCCUCCCCGCGCGCGGCGAGAUCUACGUGCUCGGCGGCGUGGAGGAGGGCGGCGACAAGGCCGUGAGCAGCGUGGCCGUCUACAGCGCGGCGACCAACGGGUGGGGGCAGGUGGCCGGCAUGAGGACGGCGAGGGGCUACAUGGCGGCCGGCGAGGUGGGCGGGCGCGUGGUGGUGGCCGGCGAGGACGGAGAGGCGGAGGUGUUCGACCCAGAGGCCGGUCGCUGGUCGCCCACGGCUCCCCGUGGCGGCGCGGCCGUGGCGAGGUACGACGCUGCGGCGGCGGGCGGCAAGCUGUACGUGACGGAGGGGUGGGCGUGGCCGUUCGAGCGCGCGCCGCGGGGCGCGGUGUACGACGCGGCGGCGGACGCGUGGUCCGACAUGGCGCGCGGGAUGCGGGAGGGGUGGGCGGGCUCCUGCGCCGUGUCGGGCGGCCGGAUGUACAUCGUGGCCGAGUACGGCGAGUGGCGGCUGAAGCGGUACGACGAGCCGCGGGACGAGUGGCGGAUGGUGGCCGGCGGCGGGAUGCCGCAGGAGGUGCGGCGGCCGCACGUCGUGGCGGGCCAGCUGGAGGAGGUCGGCGGCGGCCGGCGCAGGAUCUACGUGGUCGGCGCGGGCCUCGACGUCGCCGUCGGCACCGUCGUGUCCGCCGCCAACCACGGCACCGGCACGGAGGAGGAGCGGGUGGAGUGGGAGGUCGUCAAGGGCCCCGAGGAGUUCGUCGGGCUGGCGCCGUGCAACGCGCAGGUCCUCUACGCCUGAGCCGCCAACCAAGCUCGUCGGCGCCAGGCACCGGCGGGGGAAAGGGAAAGGAGACCCGACCCUGGGCCCGCACGUCAGCCACCAGCGCCU